AUGAACCCUUCUUUAUUCCUGUUCCCAGUUCGUCGGAUACGACCUGGAAAGAACGUGCAACUGAACGAAGCGGAAAUUCGUGGUCUUUGCUUAAAGUCUCGGGAAAUAUUCUUAAGCCAGCCAAUUCUUUUGGAACUCGAAGCCCCUCUGAAAAUUUGUGGCGAUAUCCAUGGUCAAUAUUACGACUUGUUGCGACUUUUUGAAUAUGGUGCAUUUCCUCCAGAAGCGAACUAUUUGUUUUUGGGUGAUUAUGUGGACCGCGGGAAGCAGUCACUCGAAACAAUAUGUCUCCUCUUGGCCUACAAAAUUAAGUACCCAGAGAAUUUCUUUCUCCUGCGUGGUAAUCACGAAUGUGCAUCGAUUAAUCGUAUUUAUGGAUUCUAUGAUGAAUGCAAACGACGUUACAAUAUCAAAUUAUGGAAAACCUUCACUGAUUGCUUCAAUUGUCUCCCCAUUGUUGCGAUUAUAGACGAGAAAAUCUUCUGUUGCCACGGUGGCUUAUCUCCAGAUCUACAAACCAUGGAACAGAUUAGGCGCAUCAUGCGCCCCACUGACGUGCCAGAACAGGGCCUGCUGUGCGAUUUAUUAUGGUCUGAUCCAGACAAAGAUGUGUCUGGUUGGGGUGAAAACGAUCGUGGUGUCAGUUUCACCUUUGGGCCAGAUGUAGUCGCCAAAUUCCUGCAUAAACAUGAUCUGGAUCUUAUAUGUCGUGCGCAUCAGGUUGUGGAAGAUGGGUACGAGUUUUUCGCCAAACGCCAGUUAGUCACACUUUUCUCAGCACCAAAUUACUGCGGAGAAUUUGAUAACGCUGGUGCCAUGAUGUCCGUGGAUGACACGUUGCUAUGCUCUUUCCAGAUCCUGCGACCAGCGGAUAAAAAGAAGUAUUAUGUUGGUGUGGCCACAGGAAAUCGACCAAUUACACCACCGCGAGGGGCAAAGGCAAAGGCGAAAAUGUAACUGGCCUUCAUCUGGACAAUCCGUCUGUCAUUGCCGGAGCCCGCAAAUGCACUAUAGACGUUGUCAUUUACCUGAUCCAUUCGCCAUCUGUUCGGAGAACCUGUCUCGUCGCACUACAUUUCUGACGACGUUUUUCUCCCGAACUCGUCCCACCUUCUGACCGAACAAAUUCGCAUGUCUACUCAUCUUAGUUGACACUGAAUGUGUGCUUGCACGAUGAUGGUUUAUGUUAUCCGUCGUCAGUUCUCCUCCCGUGAUUGUUUGAGGUUAAAGGUAUCUUCAAACCGUUCAUCGUCAGCUCACGUCAUGUGAAUCCUCUUGACUGAAACUUGUAUACCAGACUUACUGUAAAUUACCUGAUUCGACCGUCUACAACCUUGCUGUCCUUCGUUGCUUUCUUACCGGAACUCAUUGUUGCCUUGAUGCUCCAUUUGAGGACUCGUGCCUCUGGUGUACCAAGCUAGCCUUCCCGUUGAUUGAUCCAUUUUAAAUGUCCUUACCUGUUUUUCCCGUUGUACAGGCGAUCGGCUGACCGCUGCUUUUCGUUCAGAUCACUUCUAAUUUACCUCCCUCAAGUUGGCCAUUGACUCAAGAAAUGCAGAUAGACCGCGUCUGCUAAUUUAGACAGACUUUUUGUUCGAUUCCAUGUGCCUUCACCGCUAGGACUGACCGGUUUCCGCUCAUCCCUUGUUGGAUCAAGGCUCGACUGUUGUCGCAAAAUAAGGGACAAUUGAAACGAACAAAACAGACAGCUCCCUCUCUUUACAAGCACGCGAUAUUUUCACGUCCCUGCAUUCGCUUGGGCUAACCUGCAUGGCUGACUUCAUAGCUAAAAACAAUACGUUUCAAAUAAAUAAUUAAUCUACUACGUCAGCACCCUUUGCUUCUCAUUUAUGUGCGUUUUCACAAUCGAUUUAUGGCAACGUAAGUUCCUCAUACUGUAUGUCCUAAUACGAAAUCUUCAUUUUCCAUUUAUCCACCAUAAAAACAAUUUCAG